AUGCCUGGGCAUCACAAGACUCCCGCAAUAGCUUGCUCGUAUAAGGCAGCUGCUGGGUACCUGUACCCCCUGGAGAAGGGCUUCAUUUUCAACAAGCCGCCGGUGCAUAUUCGCUUUGAAGAAAUUGCCUCCGUGAACUUCGCUCGCGGUGGUGCUUCCGCUACCAAGUCAUUUGACUUCGAAAUAGAAUUAAAGUCUGGCAGUAUUCACACAUUCAGCAGUAUAGAAAAGGGAGAAUACGACAAGCUGUUUGAUUAUAUCACCUCAAAGAAACUGCAUGUCAAAAAUACUGGCAAGAAUGAUAAAGCGCUGUACGACGAUGACUUUGGCGAUUCGGACACGGAGAAGGAGCCCGACGCGUACUUGGAACGCGUGAAGGCCGAAGCUAAGGAACGUGAAUCCGACGACUCAGAUGGAAGCGAUGAGAGCACCGACGAGGACUUUAACCCCGAUAAGGCUAACCAGAGCGACGUCGCUGAAGAGUAUGACACCAAUCCGUCAUCAUCCGAAGACUCUGAUGCGUCAGGGGCGUCAAAUGACAGCAAAAAAGAAAAGAAGAAAGAAAAGAAACCUAAGAAAACUAUUACAAUUGAAGACAAGAGCAGAAGGAAGAGAUGA